GACCCCGACCCGGAAGACGAGGUAGAGGAGGGGGCGAGCGACAGAGGCAGUGGAGGGGCGCGGUGAGGAGGCCGGCGGCGCGCGCGCGCUUGCGGCGCCGGCGGCCUGGCGAUGGGGGAGGUGGCCGCGCUGCGCCAGCUCGUCGGCCAGGUCCAGGAGCUCUGGGACCUCUACGGCGCCAACGGCAACCCCGUCCCCAGGUGGUAUUUACCUGACUUCGAACAUGGUUCAAUCAAGGAUGAUUAUUGUGGGGGAAGCUCAGGAUACAACUCGGAAUUACUGAAGAUCAUGGAAACUAACCAAUCUCCCCCUUGCAAGCGACCGCGGAGAGAUCGAAACCGUGAAAAGGCACCCUCCUCAAACAAAAUUGAAGUCAUGGAACAAGAGAUAUGGAGAGAUUUCCCUGAAGAUCUUUUCGAAACUGUCAUAGCAAGGCUUCCUGUUGCUGCAAUUUUUCGAUUCCGCACUGUCUGCCGAAGGUGGUCUUCCCUUUUGGGCUCAGACAGUUUCUCUCGUCAGUACUCUGAAGCUCCACAUGGACUGCCAUGGUUCUAUACAAUCACUCAUGAGAAUUCAAACAACAAUGUUGCGAUGUAUGAUCCUUUGCUGAAGAAAUGGCACCACCAAUCUGUUCCUCUCAAUCAUACGAAGAUAGUUAUUCCAGUGGCAUCCGUGGGUGGCCUUGUAUGUUUAUUGGAUCUGAGCCACAGGAAUUUUUACAUCUGCAACCCUCUUACGCAAUCACUGAAGGAGAUCCCACCAAGAUCAGUCCAUGGUUGGUCAAGAGUCGUUGUAGGGAUGGUGUUGAAUGGAAGAAGUUCUAGUGAUGGCUACAAAGUAAUGUGGUUAGAUAUUGAUGGGACUUGCGAAGUUUAUGACUCUACAAAGAACGUGUGGUCUUGCCCUGGAACUUUUCCUCCAAGCAUCAAACUUCCACUUGCUCUAAAUUUGAGGUCACAACCAGUGGCGGUUGGCAGCAUGAUAUACUUCAUGUGCGCAGAACCAGAUGGUGUUUUGUCAUAUGAUGUAAGCACCGGGAUUUGGAGGCAAUUUGCCAUCCCACUGCCACUGCAUCUGACUGAUCACACACUUGCCGAGUUCCAGGGAAGGGUUAUGCUGGUGGGUCUGCUGUGCAAAAAUGCAGCGACCUGCAUCUGCAUAUGGGAGUUGCAGAAGAUGACUCUCCUCUGGAAGGAGGUGGACAGAAUGCCAAAUCUCUGGUGCUUAGAGUUCUACGGUAAGCACAUGAAGAUGAAAUGCCUGGGCAACAGUGGUUUGCUCAUGCUCUCCUUGAAGGCGAAGCAUAUGAACCGCCUUGUUACAUACAACCUUUUGAAAAGGGAGUGGCAGAAGGUUCCUGAUUGCAUGCUACCAUGGAGUCGAAAAAGGCAAUGGAUAACAUGUGGCACAGCAUUUGAUCCGGUCCCCUGCGCCUUGGUCUGACAUGGAAUUUUACCUUCUUUGUCUGAGCACUAUAAUAUUUUAGUCCUUUCAUAUCAUUGGCCUAUCUUUAGAUCUUUCUAUGUUGUUGUGACAAGUUCUGCGAAAACGCAUUACUGUGGUUUGCUUUGUAUAACGCCGCCGAAACAAUCGAACGGUUUCCUUUAUCACCUGCUGUUCUGUUAAGCUUGUAAUCUUUCUGAACGUGCAGUUACCUGCCCAGAGCUGAGUUCAUUAUACAAUAAAUACCGGGAUGUUAAUGUUU